AUGGGUCUUAUUGAUUCCAUCUUUCCACCAUUAGUUGCUGGUUUAAUCCGUAGUAUUCCACUAUCACCAAGGAGGCCGAGGGACUUGUUACGAUGUAAUGGAACACAUCAUGGAAAGUAUUAUGUAAAGACUGGUUAUCACCUUUUUCGGGAGUCACAUGACAGAGCUUAUGCGUCUUGUUCUGGUAUGGAUAUUAAGCCCCCUUCAUACUGGAAUGCUAUCUGGUCUGCGAAAGGUGCACCAAGGUGUCGUGAUAUGAUCUGGAGGGCAUGCAAGGGGGUUUUACCAGUCAAAUAUGUUCUAUCUGCAAGGGGUAUUGUGCAGGACACAAUCUGUCCAGUGUGUGGAAUGGCAGAGGAGUCGAUUUCCCAUGCUAUAAUGCAUUGUUCUGAGGCAAUGGCCGUUUGGUUUGCAUCUCCCUUGGCUGUUCGUGUACCAAACCAGGACCAUCAACAAUUCUCUUAUUGGUUUGUGGAAUUAAUUAGCAAAUGUGAUGAUGAAUGGGCUUCUUCUUUAUUAUGUUCUAUUGCUUGGGCAAUUUGGUUGAGAAGGAACCGCAAAGUCUUUAAUGACUAUUUACUGUCGGUGGACCAGACUUUGCAAGUUGCAUUGUCUAUGGGUUUGGCCAUUGAUUCAGUUAAUAAUGUAAAUGAUGGUGAGGCUGUUCCUGUUACAUGGCAGCGCUCAAGUCAAGGGAUCAUCAAAAUUAAUUUUGAUGCUGCAUACUCAACUGAGAGGGGCGCAGGUUAUGGCAUGGUGGCACGGGAUAAUGAUGGUCUUCUCCUUGCAGCCGCAACAUAUUAUGUAGGUCCAACUCUAGAUGCCAUGAUGGCUGAGGCAGCUUGUAUGAGAUGGUCCAUGAAUUUGUGCAAGGAUCAUGGCUUCCAGUCUUUGGUAUUAGAAACAGAUUGCUUACUCCUACAUCAAGCAUGGUCUGCUAAAUCUGUCCCUCACUCUUAUGUUGGUGUACUUCUGGAAGAUUGCAGAUUAUUGGCUAGUAGUUUUUCUAUUUUAUCUAUGUGUCAUGUAAAACGUCAAUGUAAUCAAGUUGCAGAUUUUAUGUCAAAAUUGGCUUAUAGCAUGCAGGAUAAUGUGUGGAUUGAGGAUGGUCCUCCUGGUCUAAACACUAUUCUAUCUGCAGACUUAUGUAUUCCUUCUGUUAUGAGUGCAGGACUUUUUUACAUGACUAGUGCAACUUUCAAAUAA